AUGUUCACUAGGGCUGCUACAAGAAAGCUUUUCACUAACAUCCGUUUGAACAGGUGGUGCUUUGAUGUUAAGGUGGUUUACCUAUGCAGAUGGUUCAAAAUUAGAAUGAUUGAGAUAUCUGUAAACUGGUGGAUCAAAGGAGAACCCGUUAAGCGUGCCAAAUAUGCUUUAGGAGCUUGA